CUGGGUAAAUGCGAUUUUGUGGUUAUCGGCGUUUGGUGAUAAAAUAAAAUUUUCUUGUAUUUUUUCUCCGGGUUGCGUCAGUGUGUGGAUUUGUGGGAUAAGAAGGAGAUAUUGUAAAGGAAACGCAGAAGAAAUGCCCAGGCUAUCGGAACCACUGAACAUGUCGUCGAUCAAGGAGCAGCAGAAUGAGUUAAAUGAAUGGAUUCGUUUUGGGCUUCGACUUGGUCUGCAGUCGGCGCUGCAUCCCUUUGAAUAUGCCAAAGUUCUCAUUCAGAUUGGCUAUGAACCCGUGGCUCCACGUCCUGUCCGGAGUAUUUUGGGCUAUGACACUAUGGUCCUGCCCAAUAUCUUUCAGUACGUGAAGUACAUUAGGGGUGUUGAUGGGUACAGUGGAUGCUUCAGGGGUCUCGCACCGAGACUUGUUGGGACUGUUGUUAGCACAUUGGGAAGCGAAAGGAUUGCCAAGCAUUUUGGCUGCGUGGAAGAGAAGGAAAGCUCCGAUUAUGACGAUGAGGUGGCUUCAGACUCCGAUGGAUACCAAAUUGGUCGCAUUGAGGAUAGUGGGGUGAUCGAGGAGAGAGAGAGGAGGGUGUUUCAGAGGAAGCUGAAGAGGGAUAUAAUAAUCCACACCUCAACCAUCUUGAUUGCGCAACCAUUCCAGGUGAUAUCGAUACGGAUGAUGGCGCAAUUUGUCGGCCGGGAGACCAUCUACUCCUCCAUUUGGGCAUCCAUGAAGGAGAUCUACCACGAUCACGGGCUCCUUGGAUUCUUCUCUGGUCUCGUACCGCGACUCGUGGGUGACAUUACCUGCCUCGUGCUGGCCAGCACCACGGCCUACUUUGUCAACAAACACUUUGUCUCGGACAAGGAUUCGCGCAAACUCGUCCCGAUUUUCACCAAUUUCGUCUACAGCACCAUCUUCUACCCCUUCCAAGUUGUCUCUGUGUGUAUGUCCCUCACGGGAGCCAGCCUCGCUGCCGGAAGGCCACCGCAUAUGCCAAUCUACAGCCAUUGGCGCGAAUGCUGGCAACACCUCAACUGCACUGGAGAACUAAAGAGGGGCAGCUCUCUCUUCUGGCGCUACUACCGUACACCCGAAGUCAUCAACAAAAAUUUCCCAAUGACCUUUGCACCGCUGCCCACAGUCACCAAAUACAAAUAGAAGUCUUUUUAUUUCCCUUUCAGGGCCACUCGGCGACAUGAAUUUUCAACGAAUUCUCUUCUCCUGUUUUCUUUGUAAAGUCAGAAUUAUUGAAUAUUAGCAUUUUUGCCAAGUGAUCAA